UUCAAACUGACAGGUGGGAGCGUGGCCGUUGGCACCGGGACCGGGACAGGACCGGGAUAGGAGCGGGAUCGGAACCGGGACAGGAUCAGGACCGGGACAGGGACCGGACCGGGACAGGGUCCCAGCCGCCAUGUCCUCCAGCGGCUGCACCUUCGCGGACCGGUGCGUGAGCGUGCUGUGCUGCCGGUUCUGCCGGCAGGUGCUGAGCUGGCGGGGGAUGCAGGCGGUGCUGCUCGCCAACACCGACACCGACACCGACCUCUACUCCACCGACCUGCCGCCCUCGGGCACUGUCGAUUUCAUCGGGAGCUGCUACUUCACUGAGAUCUGCAGGUGCAAACUGAAGAACAUCGCCUGCUUGAAGUGUGGGAAUGUUGUUGGCUACCACGUGAUCUGUCCCUGCAAGCCCUGCCUGCAGUCCUGCAACAACGGCCACCUCUGGAUGUUCCACAGCCAGGCAGUGUUUGGCAUCAACAGGCUGGACCCUUCUGGUGUGAAUGUUUUGCUGUGGGGCAACCUGCCAGCCCUGGAGGAAAGCACAGCAGACACGUCCUGCACCUCUGAGGAGGAGUUCAUCAGAUAAAUUCUACCUGCAGGAUCUUCCCUGCACUGGCUCUUUGCUUUGGAUUUAUUUAAUUUCACCUGCUGGCUCAUCAGAGCUUAAACAACAGGGAAAAAUCAGGAAAUCUAGGAAAAAAAGUCAAAAAAAAUGGAAUUAUUCUUGAUCUCUGCCUGAGCAGAUCCACCUUGGAAAUGCCAACACAAAGUCCAUUUUCUGGGCUCUAUUUUGCUUUUUAUUCUUAACCCUCUGCAGCUGAUAAUCCUCCUUUUCUUCUUCCCUAGAACACUUUUCACGGAGCCAACCCUCCCAGCUGCUCUCAGUUCCAAGGAAUGUUCAGGAGCAAUCAGCCAGCCCUGGCAGAGCUCACAACCCCAACUUUUCCUGCAGCUCCUCUGCCCCUCAGGAUGCUCCUAAAUAAGCACUGGGAAGCCUCUUAGAGCAUUCCCAGCUUUAUUUUUUAAUCCUUUCAGGGUUCCAGCCCCCAGCUCUGCUUUUCUCAGUUCCAAAGAAUGCUCAGGAAUAAUCAGCCAGAUCUGGCAGAGCUCAGAACUCCAAGUUUUCUGCUCUGGCUCUGGGAUCUCCUGCUCUUUGCAGCUCCUCUGCCCCUCAGGAUGCUCCUAAAUAAGCACUGGGAAGCCUCUCAGAGCAUUACCAGCUUUAUUUUUCCAUACUUGCAGGGUUCUGUGUCCACAGAGAUCAAGUUUAUGUUUUUUCUCCCUGAUAAAACCCAAAUUCUGCAGUUUCUUGGUAGAACUUCAAGGCUACUUGGAGUUUUUGUUCAGGGCAGCAAUAGAACCCAUCCACUUUCAUAUAUAUAUAUAUAUUUAUUUUUUCCCUCUCCAAAACAAAACUCAGUCAUGAAAUUGGGUCUUUUUAGAGAAAACAAAACAAAACAAAAUUAAAUAGUUGGUGUUCAUGUUUAAUUUUCCAUCCUGAGCUGCACAGAGAAUUCUGGUUCCUGUAGGUGAUGAAUCAAAGCUCAUUUUCUGAGUUGUUAACAAACCAUCACGUUUAAUUUCUGAACUAAGUUCUGUCCCCUUCAGCUACUCACCUGAAGGCCACCAAUAAAAAAUUCCAGAUAAAAUCAUGUCAGAGAAGAGAGGGCACUUUAAAAUGUGGGUUGAUGCUGAAUAAAUCUCUCUGUAGGCUCCUGUGAUACUUGAAAGGGGUGCAAUGAAUUGUCUCAGUAUUUUAACUGCUCAUUAUCUAUCUCUUAAUUAAUGGUACUACCUCUUUGGCACUGUUUAAAUGUGUGUUGUGUAUAUUUGUGUGUGUCUUGUUUGGAAUUCUGGGUUGUGUCUGCCCAGGAAAUAAAAGCUUUGGACUCUGGA